AUAAUACUGAUAGUCGGCCUUGUUGUGACUCGACCUGUUCCCAAAGUAGUAAAAUUAAAUCUCUCAUCUCAUUAUUGGAUUUGUGAAGCAGAAUCAACCAUCAGUAAAACUAUAUUUCUUAGCGUAGGGACUUGUUACGCAGCAGCCAUGUUGACGUUCGCAACAUUUUUGGCUUAUAAAACGCGAUCAGCAGGGACAAAUUAUGAUCAUUUCAACGAAUGUAAACAGAUGGGAAUCUCCGUUUACAACAUCUUGUUUUCAGCCAUUGUUGGGUUUACGGCUAUGGUCAAUCCUUUAGCGAACUACUAUACAAAAUUUUAUUUUGGAGCAGUGGCUACGUUAUGGGCAACCACAUUUUCCUUCGCUGUAUUAUUUAUACCCAAAGUUUACAUAUUUUACAAACAGUGGAAACGCGCGUUUAUUUCAUCGUCUACGCAACAGCUUCGCAAUAACUCGGCAUGUUCAAAUAAUACACAACAAACAUUUCUGAAUGAUGAUGAUACAGUUGCACACUCAUUCUUAAAAUCCAGAAAUAAUGCAGGUCAUCAUGUAGGUACGGCAGGUGAACCCUACACAUCAGCUGUGUUAUUCGAACAAACAGGUGACACAAGCAUUAUAACAAGAGCUUAUUUAGGUGGGGAAAUAGACGUUUCACCAACAGAGUCGAAUCACAGGUACGAUAAUACAAAUGUUUAUGUUGAAGUACAGGAGGUAAGCUUUUUUCUAACAUGA